AUGAAAGGGCUUCCAAAAGGUUUAGUAUCGACAACAGACGACAUUCCCACAGAGCUACGAGAUCUGAACGCUGUGGAAAUCGAUGAUAUUAUACAACUGUGGAAAGUGUACAGUGCAAAUCCCUCUGUACAUGGGGGUGACAUUGGCUACCGGUUGGAGAACUUCUUCUGGAGGAUCUGGAGCAGCGAGCGUCUCCGCCGUUCUAUUAACGGGUUCGCACUGGCCAGGUUGUUCCUGCGCAUAACGGAGGCUAGUCCACUGUCUCUCUCCGCCCCGCGGCAGACAACGGCGAAGGCCCCGGAGAAAGGAUCUCAGUCCAGCGUGAAUCAAACGGACAACAAAACGCCAUCCAGUACGGGCUCCAGUCGCGCACUGCCACCGCCUAUUCUGAAGAAGUCCAGUACAUCGUCGCAAGUGCAAGGGGAGUCGCAGAAGACAACGCGAUUGCUUCUCACUGGAGUAGGAGGCCAGAGCAUUACCCGCAAACCAUCGACACCACCCACCCCAAUUCCUCCUCCAUCUCGUAAGAAGGCCUACUUCGCGGCAAGUAAAGGGAAGAGCACAAAGCGGCGGCCAGCCAUUAUGCGCCGUCGGUCAUCACAGACUUCCUCCGGUGCAAGUACCCGUACCCAUAGUCCGCAACGGACCUCAACUCCGCUAACCUCUCCAUCUCCGGUCAAAUUAUUGGAACAGGACGAGAGCAGUGCCUCAGAAGUGGAAGAACCGUCGAUGGAAGGGUCCGCCAAACUUCGUGAAGACAAGGCCAUGGACAAGCCGGCAGAACUACCAGUCUCAUUUCUAACCAGUCUCAAAGACAUCUUCGCCGACAAACGCUCGCCACCCAAUAGAGCCAAAUCGACACCACCCAAAUGGGGCUACGUUACCAGCGACGACUUCACGCACUACAACGUAAAAUUCCUCUCGUCAGAGAACUACGAACAACCGUCGUCCGUGUCACUGGUAGAUAAGAACUUCCGCGCGCGGUUCGCAGAGCGACAGCGUCAGGAAUCUGAGGAUUACUCGAGCUCACCCUUCGAGGCCAUCGCGCCGAAUGCCGUCGCGAAGGGCUCCCCGAGUGCCUACAUGGACCGACCAACGCCGUCGUCUUCCAGACCGGGGCCUUCGCACGUGGUAGCGUCCACCAUCAGCUCCGGCAUCCCGAUUAUGACGCCGACAACAAGCACUACUUCCAGUGACGGUCACAUGGACAGUGGCGGAAUUCCAUUGCAGACGCCCAGCUCCGUGUCCCGACGCAGUCAACUGAGCUUGUUGCUUGAGGAGAGUCGCAAGCAGGGGACUGAGAGUGAUGAGACCUGA